UUCACUUAAUCGGUCUGUUUGUCGCUACAGUGGCAUUACAUUUUUCCUCUACGUUUUACGUAUUUUUAAGUUAGUUAAAUUAAGGUCUUUACAAAAGGGCCCCACUUGAAAGUCCACCUCCACAAUGCGGUUUGUUGUGAAUGUACCUCUCUAACUCACACCAUUAACCAACUGGAACAGCGGUACUCUUAACUUGACCAUCCCCAUAGCAAAGCCCACCCAACAACAUGCAGAUGCUAUGGUUACCUGCACUUUAAUCUCAGCUGGAGGUUCACAGCUUUAUCGUACUUGUCAGUCGACAGACUCAACAACAUUGUCUCCUGAUACCUCCAAACUAGGCCCAUGAGUGUUUGGAAACUACAGACUUUCUGAAACAACUAUGCUUGGUAAGUUGACAUCACAAAUCUACUUCAAAAUCCAAACCUGUAAAGGUGACUAACCUGAGGAUGUUGCAUACCUACAGCGGUGGUGUACUUAGUGGCUCUGCUGCUGCUGUGUGAACAUCUGCCACUGGGUCAGGCUUGUAUUGCAGACGGGCAAACACUCAUCUGCCAGAAGAUACCGACAGUUUUCAGCCCCGGGUACUCAUCCCUGCUAGUGCUGAUCCCAGACCUGCUCUGGAUCAACUCCACCAUGCUCCACAGUAAGAACCUGGAGAACAUCACCCGGCUCACCGUCAAGGGCCACAUGACGGAGAUGGUGCCAGGGGCCCUGGCCUCCUUCCAGAGCCUCCGGACCCUCAUCCUGGACGAAAACGCCCUCACCCAGAUAGACCCGGCCUGGCUCAGCCCCGACGCCUCCGCUGCUCUCAAGGUCCUCAGCCUGUCGGGGAACCACAUCGAGGUCCUGAGCGGGUCCACGCUGGGCGGGCUGUCUGGCCUCACCAGGCUCAACCUGUCCAGGAACCGGAUCCGAGAGGUGGAUCCGGGCAGCUUCCGCCCGCAGACCCGCCUGGUGUCUCUGGAUCUGUCCAGGAACCGUCUGACCCGGUUGUCGCCCCAGGUGCUGGGCUCGGUCGGCACCGCCGUGUGGAGGCUGGCGGGGAACCCCUGGGACUGCUCCUGCGGGGCGGCGGACUCUGUGGACCUCAUCAGAGGUGUGUCACGCUUCAGGUCAUGUGAUGCUCGGCAUGUGUGUUAUUGGUCACGAAAUCAACAAAACACGACGGUCCAAAUGAGGCCUGCGUCUCCAGGUCAGACACUCAGCCCAGGAGGAGUUCAGAGCCCUGCUCUAGAACAUCUAGUCGUAGUCUAGUCUCAUCUAGUCAGUCUAGUCUCAUCUAGUCGUAGUCUAGUCUCAUCUAGUCUCAUCUAUUCGCAGUCUAGUCUCAUCUCGUCAUAGUCUAGUCUCAUCUCGUCAUAGUCUAGUCUCAUCUCGUCAUAGUCUAGUCCCAUCUAGUCAGUCUAGUCUCAUCUAGUCGUAGUCUAAUCUCAUUUUGUCAGUCUAGUCUCAUCUAGUCAUAGCCUAAUCUCAUCUAGUCAGAGUCUCAUCUAGAUGUAGUCUAGUAAGUCUAGUCGUAGUCUAUUCUCAUCAAGUCAUAGUCUAGUCUCAUCUAGUCAGUAGUCUCAUC